CUACGAGGCCCCGCCCCCCUGUCUGCCCAGCGACAAUGGCGUGAGGCGCGGCUCGCGUAGAGAGGCAGGGCCGCGAUUCCAGCUCCACGAACGAAUCUCCCGCUCUCAUCUCUCUCCCCUCUCGCUCUGUCUCUCUCGCCUCGCUCUACAGCCGCGUCGCUCUCACGCCGCGCUGAGCGAGCGGAACGAGGUUGUCGCUCGGAUUUUGGGCGAGGAGUGGCAUUGAGGGAUUGCGGCUGUAUUCGCGAUUCCACGUCCCAAGUUCGAUGCAAGAAGAGAUUCCGUUUCCUUUAUACUUGGGAGCCGACUGUCGGUGGGGGAGCUCCCUGGCAGCAGGGCCCAUGAACAGCGAGGUGGCGGCCGUGGCCCCCAUCAGCCUGGUGCCCCGCGACACCAAGUGGCUCACGCUCGAGGUGUGCCGUGAGUUCCAGCGGGGCGCGUGCUCGCGCACUGCGGAGGAGUGUCGCUACGCCCACCCCCCCAAGCACGUGAGCGCCCCCCACGGGCGCGUCAUAGCCUGCUUCGACUCACUCAAGGGCCGCUGCACGCGUGAGAACUGCAAGUACCUGCACCCGCCCGCGCACCUCAAGACGCAGCUCGAGAUUAACGGCAAAAACAACCUGAUCCAGCAGAAGAACCUCACGGCGAUGGCGCACAUGCAGAUGAUGGCGCCCUCCAUGCUCGCGCCCAUGCACUCCUACCCCCAGCUGAGCAUGUACUCGCAGCCGGCCUCCCCGAUGCCAUACCUGAGUUACCUGUCCCCGGCGACCCCGGGCCUCGGCUACCUCCCUCCGGAUGUCCUGGCCACGGCGGGGGGUGCCAUGCCGGGCACCCACGCGGCGCUCGUCAUGAACGCGCAUGCGCCCGGCGCCAUGGCGGCGGCAACGGCCGCUGGCGCCCUGCAGCCCGGAAUGCGACCCCUCCGCACGGACAAGCUGGACGUGUGCUCGGAGUUUGUGCGUGGGGGUUGCCCCCUGUCGGCGGACGACUGCCGCCUGGCGCACCCUCCGGAGCGGGGCCUGCUGGACCCGGCGGACGGGCGCGUCACCGUGUGCAUGGACUUCGUGAAGGGCCGCUGCUCGCGCCACAAGUGCCGCUACUUCCACCCGCCGCUCCACCUGCAGGCCAAGGUCAAGGCCCUGCAGCACCAGGCCAACCAGGCGGCCGCCGCCGCCGCCAUCGCGGCUCCAACAGCAGUGAAAUCGCUGAAGAGACCAUACAACGCGGCCUUUGACUUGUCCAUGCCCACAGGGGUCAUGACCCCAUUACCAAAGCGGGCGGCCAUGGACAAGCCCAACGGCAUGCUGGGAGCGACGUUCAACCACGCGCUCAUGGCGUACCAGUCGGGGCUGUCCGGCCUCCACAUGGCCGCGCAGCCUUACAUGGCUCCAGGUUCCAUGUUUUGCAUGGCAGCACCCACAGCCACGUUCGCGCCCAUCAUGUACCACCACAACCACCACCACCACCACGCGGCAGCCGCAGCCGCUGCGGCCGCCGCCGUUGCCUCCGCAGGGUCGGGACCGCCAAACCCCUUGGCCAAUCAGUUGCAACAUGGAGGCCUCACCGCCCUGGACCCUGAAGAUGAGCGUUACCAUGUUCUGCUGAAGUGACUUCCCACGCAGCCAAAUCCCACGGGGGGGACCCAGUCCUCGACCUCACCAAAACCCGAGUCGUCUUUCGGCCAAAAAAAAGAAAAGUUACGAUUACAUGAAAUGGUGCGAGCGAGAGAGCGAGGGAGUGCGAUGACGUGGAGGGGAGCGAUCGCGCGGAGUGUGGGCGUCAAACGCAGCUCGCGCGCCGCCGCCGCCUCUCGCGUUUAACCGCCGGAAAGAAGAGAGAGAAAAAUUAUACGGAGAAGAGAAUAUUUAUGACGAUUAGAGGAGAGCACUUUUUAAAAAAGAAAAAAGUAAUAUUAAUAAAUAUCGAUUAUCCCCAUCCUCCCCAUCCCAUCCCCCCAUAUAUUAUUUUGCCCCACAGCGCAAAUUUAGUAAAAACACACAAAGCCGCGAGUCACUAAAUUAAGUUACGUUGGAACGAAUCCGCUUAGUGCCGCGGCCAUGUAUCCUCUUCGAAUAGCAAGACUUUUUUUUUUCAGUAAUAUAAAUAUCCGCGUAGUCUUUUUAAGUUUCACCGCAAGUUUUUUUUUCGGGGGAAAGACGCAACCGACGGAUCGAAUCGGCGGCGAUCGUGCGGACGAGACGCUCGCCGCUCGCCCCCCACCCUUCACGUCGAUUUCAACGCAAACCACCGCCUUUGUCAAUCCGCCCUGUGUUUGAUCAUAAUUCAUCACGCUGAUCGGCGCGUGGGCUGGGUUGGUGAAGGUGGUGGUUGAGGGCGGGUGGGCGGGCGGGGAGCGGUGGUAAUGGAGGGUGGGGAGGACCGGUGGCCAAGUAUUGAACUCCGGUUGCUGGGUUCGUGUGGCUAGCCCCUUGCGACUCGCCGCUUGCUGACGGCAGAGUGAAUCGGAGGUUUGGAGGUCGCCAUUCGUAACGCGCGCAGCCCCCGUGUCCAUCCACUGCUGGAUGAGAGACCCCACACCACCGUGCCGUGCGGGUCGCGGUUGUUACGUGACCAUGCUUCAUGCUGUGCCAGUGCGGGUGGGUGAAGGUUCACAGCGUAGACUUACGUGGAGCACACAAAGUACAGGACGAGAGUGGAUUUUGCUGCACUGCCCAAUGGUGCCCACGCCCCCCCACACUUCACUUUCAAGAGCCGGCGAGAUCGGGUGCAUUGUGGGUGAUUGGGCCACGGUCACGUGACCGGAUUAAUCGGAAGCUGUUUGUGAUGCGGAGGCAACAGCUGAGAGAUGGGCGCUUCUUACUUUUCAUGGCAAAACAGCCGCCGACCGACAGAAUCAAUAUUUAGACGGGAGGAGGAGGAAUCCGAUGAGCUGUGAAGCUCUUUUAUCACCAAAUGUCCAGUAUGGGCAGGGUCAGCAGGUUACACCAACAAACAAUACAAACACAAAUGAUAGUUCAAAGUAGAGAAUGCUAAGCAAGUCACCAAAUAUAAAUAGACUGAAACUAAGUUUUUUUUUUUACCUCGUUCAGCCCACUAAUUGUAUCAGUCCGGCAGGGCAGCCGGUCGAAUCUACCGCCCCAGUAGUUCCCGUCCGUUGCUGCCCUGGCCAUUUUCAAACCCCCUGGCACGCUGCCGCCUGACCUCCAUUAACCUCCGUUGACCUCCAUUGACCUCCGUUGACUCCGGCAGCCGCCACCCGCAGCACGAGGUGUCCACCCAGUGACGGAGCCGGAGGACUGGCUCCCAUAAUGCAUUGUCGUUCAUUAUACAGUUGUAGGACCUGCUCCCGUAAUGCACAGCCGUCAACUAAACAGUUGUCAAAAUGAAUCGCUCUUAACGACGUAUGACCGGCUACCAUAAUGCAUCGCUCUUAACGACGUAGUUGUAUGACCAGCUCCCAUAACGCAUUUCUCUUAACGAUGUUAAUGGCAGGCUCCCAUAAUGCAUUGCUCGUAACAACAUAGUUGUAUGGCCAGCUCCCAUAAUUCAUUGCUCUUAACGAUGUAGUUGUAUGGCAGGCUCCCAUAAUGCAUUGCUCAUAACAACAUAGUUGUAUGACCAGCUCCCAUAAUUCAUUGCUCUUAACGAUGUAGUUGUAUGGCAGGCUCCCAUAAUGCAUUGCUCAUAACAUAGUUGUAUGACCAGCUCCCAUAAUGCAUUGCUCUUAACGAAGUAGUUGUAUGACCAGCUCCCAUAAUACAUUGCUCUUAACGAAGUAGUUGUAUGACCAGCUCCCAUAAUACAUUGCUCAUAACAUAGUUGUAUGACCAGCUCCCAUAAUGCAUUGCUCUUAACGAAGUAGUUGUAUGACCAGCUCCCAUAAUGCAUUGCUCAUAACAUAGUUGUAUGACCAGCUCCCAUAAUGCAUUGCUCUUAACGAAGUAGUUGUAUGACCAGCUCCCAUAAUACAUUGCUCUUAACGACGUAGUUGUAUGACAGGUUCCCAUAUUGCACUGCUCUUAACGACGUAGGCGUUUGACCGACUCCCAUAAUUAGUUUCCCUCCUCCACUAGAGGGAGCUCUAGGGAGAACCUCUCUAAGAGGGUCUUUGACAAUGACCCCCACACUUCGCCCCCCAUCACAUGCGACCUGCCGAUUGACCUUCCUGUUGCAACUCGGUGCCGCGGGAGUGUCGAGAUGUAGCGGGGGCCCACGCCCGCUUACCCCCGGAGUUUCCCGGUAGGGAACUUUCUAAACGUUUUUUAUUUUUUCUCGUCUCUUAUGCAUCGCGCUGGAAACACGGCACGGAUACCAGUCCGCUGGAUUUUUUUUUUGCGGAGGUUGCGUCUUCCCCCCCCCACCCCCCCCCCCCCCUAAAAAGCGCGGCGAGACGCGAGAAAUACAAUAUUAAGGAUAAGGAUUUUGUCCGUCUGGUUGGUCGUGACCGCGCGUGUAUUUAAUGUGACGGGGCCGCCACCGCUGUUUGUUCUAAAGACGGCGUUUCACACCGUAGGCAAACUCAGUUCGUGGGUCGCGAGUCGCCGCGCUUUACUGGGUCUCUCCCCCGGUCGCUCCGCAGGUUUGAGUCGUUACGCGCUGCCGCACGCACCCGAUUGGAUAAACAAGUCCCGUUGCGAUGUUAGAGAACGUCCGUUUUAAAAAAUGGAGAUAAUUUGUUCGUGUGUGUGUGUGCCGUGUAACGUGUGUGGGGGAACGGUAGCGUAGCGGUUGGGGGCCCGAGUUCCAUUCUGGCUGACGGUCAACAUCGGAUUGCGAAUAUCUGAACGGGUCCUGCGCUUCGCCCGAGGUCGAUUCGGCUUAAACAUCAGCGCUGCGGGAGACGGGCGGCCGGCCGUGGGUCUGGCCGCAGCAAUCCCCUCUUGUGUGCCUUGCCGGCCUUCAUAGGCGCUCGCCUAACAGUACACGUACUUGCCCCAAACAGUCGUGUUUGUCAAUGUUUUGGGUUUACUCUCCAACACACCGGCGUGCUGAGAAGCAGUCAUUGGCACCUUUUGUUUACGUGACAAACCUUGACUAAUUGGCUGGGGUCGGGUGGUGGCGGGUUAAACGACACAUUUACGCGACCUUGUUUAAAGCCAAUACAGGAGUAUGGGGGUGGCCUUUGUCCCACGUGACAUCGUCCCGAUUAAAAUGUUUAGGAUGUGUCAACAUCGGCACUGGAUCCAGGUCUCGUGUACAGUGCACGCGUAUCCCGUUUUAAUGUAGAGAGAGAGGGGGUGGGCGAUCCAAAUUGGGAUGGGUCACCAAUCGACGGCGUACCCCGGGACCCAGGGAGCCAGCGUGCUGCAGCGUGGAACGGGGGUCGGGGGGGGGGGGUGGUGCUCCUCUCUCUGCGCUUCAAACCGCGGGAGCCGCCCGGUCUCGACGCACCAGAGACGGGACGGACGGGGAAACCCCCCGAACCCUGGCCAGGUAGAGACGCUAAACGCGGCAACGAUGGAAACCAUUCGUCCAUCACUGCAACAGUUUGUUAUCUCCUGUUGCUUGCGGUGGUGGUGGCGGGCGGCGGCAGUGGUGAUAGUUGGUGCUGAUGGUGAUCGUGUUCGUGUCGACCUCGUGGUGGCCGUGUCGGUCUCGGGCACCUGAAGCAGCACCCCUGAUGUCCACCGGUCGCCACGGCCCCCCCCCCCCCGCCAACCUCCCACUGCUGCCCACCUUCGCCCGGCGUGUAACGACGAAGCGCGCGGAGGCUCUCAAUCGACUUUUACCGCUCCGCCGUUAACGUCGGCGAUUCUUGUGCGUAAUCGCGGCUGCGAGGAACCGGUUACAAUUCGUGUGUUAUACAUAUUGGGGGGGCUGGGGGCGGGUCGCGUGACUACCUGCCGCUACCGGUAGGCGCUUACAUUCACGACGGUGCGACGUUAAAACGCAAUCGAGUCGCGGGUUCCCCAAAUUGCAGCAAUCCGUGGAACCCCUCCCCCCCACCACCCCGAGGGUCUGUGGGAUCAUCAUCACGUGUGCCUCGUGGUUGACGUCUCGGGAAGAACCCCGCAGGGGCGGUCUUGGGCCAGACCUUCUCAGCGCCAGGGCCCAGGUGAAGGGCCGCGCGUCGUAUUGUCACGAGCAGCUGAAGGAUCGCGACGCGUAGAAAGGGCGGCGUGUCUUUUAUAGAGGGUCGCGACGACCGGGCAUGAGAAUGGGCCGGGCAGGUGCUGCUGGAGUUGAGGAUGGGUGCUCGCCUUGACAGUGGGGUCACGGCCAGGGCGAUUCUUAGUGGCUGUCAGCCCUCGCCGGGCGCUGAGGCCAGUCCCAACACCGAGGCUACGCUCCCAAGCACUCAAACCAAACUCCACACCGAACUAAACCAGUUUAACCAUUAACAUCGCUCUAGACCUGUUGCUAGCCCUGACUCUAUCCCGAGCCGAGCCCAAUACGAGGCUACAUCAGGGUCAGGAUCACGGCUAUAGCGCCCUAACCCCUUCAGCCUAAAAUCCAACAUGACUUCAAACUGGUUUAAAAUUACGCGUCUUAAUCCAAGCCCAUACACAACAUCCAGCCGAACACCAAGAUAGGCCAGUUUAACCGUGGUUAUUGUAGUCGGGAGCUUAACACCCAGUCCAAUACAAAUGUUAAGCCAGCUUAGGGUCAUGGCGUUAGCCCCCAGAGAGGCCUGCACUAAACGCCACCAGCUCAACACGGUGAUGCGGAACCGGUUCAGGGUCGUGGCUUGAGCCCUGAUCCUGACCCCAACACGGAGCCGCACAGACCCUUGUCAAACAAAACACUCACGGAUUCGAUGUUUUUGUUGUUGCUUUAACACUUUAACAUUGUUUUGUUACAGUAUAUGAACAUUUUAAAGAGAGAGAGAACAUGUUUUAAAAAUGAUUUAAGAAAUGUAAAAAAAAAACAUACUUCUAUAAGUAAGGUAUAUAGAUAAGUCUAAAGGUUUAGUGUCAAAUUUUUACGAUAUUGUAACGUAACGAUAAAGUUCUAAACAUUUUUGAACUUAGCCAUGUUUUGUAAACACGACGGAGAUCUUUUGUACGAGUGUUAAUAGUUACCAACUUUAAUUUUACUUUAUAGUAUUUCAUUAAUUUCUGUCAUUUUUGAUCGUUAUUCUCGUAACAGAUUCUAAAUAUGCGUCGUCGUUUAAGCAACCGUGGGUCGGUUUUUACCUCCCCCCCCCCCCCCCUGUUGGAUGGUUGGUAGCGGCCGAAUGAAUACCGAGUUCCCCCCCCCCCUUCCUCCACUCUCUCGAAUGGUUCGGUACACUCCCCCCCCACGCCUCCAGCCCACCACGUGGUGGCGGUUAAACGCAGAGGUUGGAGUCACGUGGGUGCGCGGAUAACCGGGUUGUGUGAGAGACAGGAGGAGGAGGUGGUGGUGGUUGUUGGGGGUGGUGGUGGUGGUGGUUUAUGGAAUGGGUUGGUCUAGUCUCUAUGUUUUUCGGGGGUGAGAUGUUGAGAGUCGCACUUAACAUUAAAACGAAAUGAACUAAAGUUCUUUUAAGAAAUGCAAAACUUAAAAUCGAUUUAUAUAUUUUUGUUGUUGUUGUGGAAGAAAGGGGACGAGCUUUUGAUUUUAAGGGGGUGGGGGGGGGGGGGCGUUUUGCCAAUACUACGCGAUUAAAAACCGGGCCGCUAUUGCUGCCAACCUCCGUUUUUUUUUGUUAACGAGAAGCGGAGAACCGAUUAUAAAGGUCAAGUCGGCAAUUUACAGGAGAAAUUCACUCGGGCGCAACUCACCCGCCGCCGUGAGCCGGUGUCCAAACCCUCCACGCGGCAGAGCAGAGAAGGGAGAGGAGGUCCUUCCUUGUGGGGAUAGUCGUUGCGGAUAGAUGGUGAUUGUGGUCGUGUGAGUGCGGAUAUCGCGGGGGAUCGUGGCUACCGCGGAAAGCAGCGAGCGGGGACGACAUUCCAAGAAGUCAAAGCGCCGUGUCCCCUUCGUGCUCGGACGCUAGCAACUUCAAGGGCACUGGUGGAAAUUCCACGUUUUUAUGGCGGGGGAGGUGGUUUUUGUUUUCCGCAUAGUGAUUGGUUGGUUUGGUUUUUGUGGUUGAGGGGGAUAGGUUGGCACUGGGGGUGGGGGGGCCCUGGGUGGACCCCCCCCCCUUCUCUACCUCCCCCCACUCAUUGCACUUGUGUACAUACAGACCGGGGCGUGUUAACACGAGAGUUGGCAUUCACAUGAAGUUCAUGUGCAUGGGGGGGGGAGGGGGGGCGGCUCUUUAACCGUGCCAUCUACCACGCUGCGCGGUACGGCUUGUUAUUGUGUGUGUGUGUUGAACUUCUUUCGCACCGUACGUGGCCAACCGUACUAAUCGGUGGGGGUGGAGGGAGGACAACAACAACAACAAGCAGCCGGUGACAUGGCCGGUGGGUAAGCACAGCUCUGAUGCACAGGAGUGUGGCGUGAGUGGGGAGUGUGGCGUGAGUAGGGAAUGUGUGGUGUGAGUGGGAAGUGUGUGGUGUGAGUGGGGAGUGUGUGGUGUGAGUGGGGAGUGUGGUGUGUGAGU